CUCGCGGCCGCGCCCGCCGCCGCCCGGCCCGCGCCCAUGCAGGCCAUCAAGUGCGUGGUGGUCGGCGACGGCGCCGUGGGGAAGACGUGCUUGCUGAUCAGCUACACGACCAACGCCUUCCCCGGAGAGUACAUCCCCACCGUUUUCGACAACUACUCUGCCAAUGUGAUGGUGGACGGGAAGCCUGUUAACCUGGGGCUGUGGGACACUGCCGGGCAGGAGGACUACGACCGGCUGCGGCCACUCUCCUAUCCCCAAACUGAUGUCUUCCUGAUCUGCUUCUCCCUGGUGAGCCCGGCCUCUUUUGAGAAUGUUCGUGCCAAGUGGUACCCGGAGGUGCGGCACCACUGCCCCCACACACCCAUUCUCCUGGUGGGCACCAAGCUGGACCUCCGUGAUGACAAGGACACCAUUGAGCGGCUGCGGGACAAGAAGCUGGCACCCAUCACCUAUCCACAGGGCCUGGCCAUGGCCCGAGAGAUCGGCUCUGUCAAGUACCUGGAGUGCUCAGCCCUGACCCAGCGGGGCCUGAAGACGGUGUUUGACGAGGCCAUCCGGGCCGUGCUCUGCCCGCCCCCAGUGAAGAAGCCAGGGAAGAAAUGCACGGUCUUCUAAGGCCCUUGCCCCCCAGGGCCUGGGGCUGGACGGGAGCAGCCCUCGCCCCGUCUGCUAUUGUGUUGAGAUGUCUGGUGU